AUGUUUGACACUGUUUGCGUCGGAGCAGGACUCAUUGGAGGUGUCCAAGCUGCUCUUCUUCGUAGGUCUCGACAUCUACCCCGCCCGAAGGUUUUGCUCACUGAUGGAGCUCGAAGACCAACAUUUAAAUCCACCUUGACUAAGAAUAUCAGACAAAUCGCUGUCAAUCCCGGCUCCAGACAACUCUUGCAAGACGUUGGAGCCUGGGAUAAGCUUGGAAAUAGCCCCUGGGCUGUGCACAAAAUAACGGUUUGGGAUGCGAUGGGCCACGGAGGACUAGAAUUCGAAUCAAAGCACGAGGAAAACCCUAUUUUUCACAUGACAGAAGUGCCAGCUAUAUCAGCCGCGGGAGUCGACGCAGCUGACGAUGCUGGGGUCGAACUCAUGUUUGAAAGCAAGCUGCAAAAUAUCAUUGUUCCUAAUAGAUUCAACCAGACAAUUCAAGAUACGGAUUAUGUCCAUUUUGAAAUCAAAGAGGAAAAAUACGAAACGAGGCUUUUACUUGGAUGUGAUGGAGCUAACUCUUCUGUGAGAAAAGCUGCCGGUCUUAGUUCGCUCUCGAAGAACUAUGAUCAGCGAGGCUUCGUGUGUACUGUUAGAGCUGAAAAUGUAGGCGACAAUCGAACUGCUUUCCAGCGAUUUCUCCCUUCUGGUGACGUUAUUGCAUUAUUACCAUGUGAAGAAGAUCAGUUGAGUAUUGUCUGGAGCUGCGCUUCAAGCAAAGCAAAGAUGCUGGAAAAGCUCGAAGAGGCUGACUUGAUCGCAAAGAUUAAUGAAGUUCUCGUCAUCGACCGAACCCCAUCACUAAUAAAACAGAUUCACGGGAGUCUAUCAUUUAUUCCAAAGUCGAUUGGAUUGAAGACAGAAAUGACUGUAGAUCCGCCGCGAAUAACUGAAAUCUUGAGUCCGACCGGCUCGUUUCCUCUUGGCUCAGCGUUGGCGACGAAUAUGGUAGCACCAAGGACUGCCAUUCUUGGAGAUGCUGCUCAUAGAGUUCAUCCCUUUGCUGGCCAAGGGGCCAAUAUGGGGUGGAGGGAUGUUGAGUUGCUGACUGACUCUCUUGAGCGCGCACACUUGUCUGGAAUCGACUACACAAGCCAUUUAUCUCUUUCGAAAUAUGAAAAAGUAGCUCUCAUCGAACACGCUGCAUUUAUGUCUGGCUUGGAAGGACUAAAACAACUUUAUAAAACUAACAGUACCCCUUUUGUUCUCGCUAGAAAUGUCGGAACAAUGUUUGUCAAUAAUAAUUCUGCUCUCAAGGAUAUUUUCAUUUCUCGUGCUUCAUAA